AUGGGACUCAUGCAAAUGAAGGAGGAAGAUUUUUUCAGAGAACCCAUGACCAAGGCGAAGAUCAGAUCUCAUUUGUUUUACAAGAGGUCUUCAUUGUUAGCAUCACUGCCGCAAAGUUUACCUACCACCCGGAAAUGUUCAUUUUCAGCUCCUUAUUCGCCAGCUCAUAGGAAUCUCAAACACGCAAAGAGGCAAUUUUGGCGAGAAGCAAUCCGUCGCCAGCGUCGUUCAGUGGAUGAUGAGAUCACAGUCCAGCUCUUGGUGGUUGUUGAAAGGGAAAUGAUAAGUUUCCAUGGCAAUCAGUCCGUGGAGGAAUAUGUUCUAACCGUCAUGAAUAUGGUGGCCGACUUGUACCGAGACCCAAGUAUUGGGACGAAGAUAAAUAUCGAAGUGUCCAAGCUUAUGCUUCUGUACAAUAUGCCUGUUAA